GCUUAAACAUGCUGGACUCCCGCCGAGCCGACCUGAGGACCACCGAAUUGAGUUGGAACAAGGCGCCCAACCGACAUUAUAGCGCCAAUUUCGGCUCAGCCAAUUGGAACUGGAAGAAUUACAGCAGCACCUGGAUUACCUUCUGGCGAAGGGAUUUAUUCGGCCCAGCACGUCACCAUACGCCGCCCCUAUACUGUUCACGCCAAAGAAGGAUGGCGGAUUCAUCAUGUGUAUCGACUACCGCGUGCUCAACAGGAUCACCAUCAAGUCGCGUUACCCAAUCCCAUUCGCGUCACAAGACGGCAUUCCGCACCCGCUACGGCAGCUAUGAGUACCUGGUGAUGCCUUUUGGCCUUACGAACGCGCCCUCGACCUUCCAAAUGACCAUGAAUGUAAUUUUCAGGGAACUCUUGGACAAAUGCGUCAUCAUUUACCUCGACGAUAUACUAAUCUACAGCCGCAGCAAGGAACAGCACUUACUGGAUCCUGAUGCAUCAAGACCAUACAGUGGUGGAAGCCGCCAAGCAAUAUAAAGGAGCUGCAGAGUUUUUUGGG